AGGAAAUGUGAAAGUGAUUGUUAACUUGGACAAGGGGGUAUAAGGUCCUUUGCUUGAAGUGGAAGAAGUCACUGCAACGCCAGAAAUUAGCAGGCAGCCACCUUCACAGAUAUCUCCAUAAUUGCAUUGCUUUUAUCUCCAAUGAUUAUUGCUUCCUCACAUAAGCCUCCUCCCCUACCACCAACCUAAUCUAUUCUCCCAAUUCACCAGAAAUUUCCUCCCAAACUCCCCCCUUUCCCCCCCUUAUAACACUCUACUCUUUUGCCUACAACCAACCUCAAACGUACUCCAUGGCCACUUCUUGUCCUUUCUUGCUCUGUUUUUUGCUCUGUUUUCUGCAUCUCUCUCUUUCAAUCUCUGAGAUUUUUUUUCUCCCUCUUACUCAUUCCCUCUCCAAUAACCAUUUCACCUCCACCCACCACCUCCUCAAAUCCACCUCCACCCGCUCCGCUGCCCGCUUCAAAAACCACCACCGUCGCCUCCAAAAACACCACCAUCUCCAAGUCUCUCUUCCUCUCUCUCCAGGUAGUGAUUACACCCUCUCCUUCACUCUUAGCUCCCACCCUCCUCAACGUGUCUCCCUUUAUCUCGAUACCGGCAGCGACCUUGUCUGGUUCCCUUGCCAGCCCUUCGAAUGCAUUCUAUGCGAAGGCAAAGCAGAAAACACCACCACUUCAGCUCUGCCUCCUAAACUUUCCUCCACAGCCAGAACAGUCCCCUGUAAAUCAUCUGCAUGUUCUUCUGCCCACUCCAACCUUCCCACUUCUAAUCUCUGCGCUAUUGCUAACUGUCCUUUGGAGUCCAUUGAAACUUCCGAUUGCCGAUCAUUUUCUUGCCCUCCAUUCUAUUAUGCAUACGGCGAUGGCAGUCUUAUUGCACGGCUUUACCGUGACUCUGUAACACUUCCAUUGGCAACUCCAUCUUUAGUACUCCAUAAUUUCACCUUCGGCUGCGCCCACACUGCUCUCGCUGAGCCAGUUGGGGUUGCUGGGUUCGGCCGCGGCGUACUUUCCUUGCCCGCUCAGGUCGCUUCCUUGUCUCCUCAACUUGGGAAUCAGUUCUCAUACUGUCUGGUGUCUCACUCGUUCGAUUCGGACCGAGUCCGCCUCCCGAGUCCACUCAUUCUUGGCCGUUCAGACGAAAAGGAGAAACGGGUAAAUAACAACGAUCAACCUCAAUUUGUUUACACUUCUAUGCUCGAUAACCCAAAACACCCUUAUUUUUACUGUGUUGGGCUCGAUGGAAUUUCUAUUGGCAAAAAGAAAAUUCCGGCACCGGCAUUUUUGAAAACUGUCAAUAGAGAGGGAAGCGGUGGGUUGGUAGUGGAUUCGGGAACCACUUUUACUAUGUUGCCGGCGAGUUUGUAUAACUCGGUAGUGACGGAGUUUGACAGCCGAGUUGGGAGAGUCUAUGAGCGAGCCAGAGAAAUUGAGGACACGACCGGGCUCGGCCCGUGUUACUAUUAUGACAGUGUAGUGAAUGUCCCGAGUUUGGUCUUACAUUUUGUUGGGAAUGAAUCGAGUAUAGUGCUGCCUAGGAAGAACUAUUUUUAUGAAUUUGUGGACGGUGGAGAUGGCGUGAGGAGGAAGAGGAAGGUUGGGUGUAUGAUGUUGAUGAACGGCGGAGAUGAUGCGGAGCUGAGCGGUGGGCCCGGCGCAACCCUGGGGAACUACCAGCAGCAGGGGUUUGAGGUGGUUUAUGAUUUGGAGAAGGGAAGGGUUGGCUUUGCAAGAAGGAAAUGCGCAUCUUUGUGGGAAAGCUUAAACCAGGGCUAACGUGCGCUGGCGUUGACUGCCGGUUUGAAAGUUGAAAUCUAUGGGGUUUGACCGCACGUGAGGCCUAUGUAAGUAAACUAGGUUUGAUGGUAAUAAGGUGGGUUUGGGGUAAUAUUGUCUUGUGGAUAAGGGCUAUAAUGUUACUUUGCACUUUUUUUUUUUUUUUUUUUUUUUACCUUGUGACAUUUUUCACAAAUAAUGUAUAUGGAAAACUUUAUACCACAAGGUGUUUGUGAAGGCAAAAUGUGAAGUGCUAUUAAAAAACAUUUGUAAAUUUUAAAAAAUUUUAAUGUAAAUGGAAUUUAUUUCCUUUUUUUCUGAA